AUGACGAACACCAAAGAGAACAAGAAGAAAACCCCCAAAGGGCAACAACAACAACGAGAAGAACAGGAACAUACAAAGACCAUUGAUACGGUUGCAGCCACAAAUGGAGAGACAACAAAAACUGUAGAAGAAGAAUCCCAUCCUUUUCUUGGGCAUGAACUGCGAGUGGAGUUAUCCGAUCACCGUGUGGUGGUGGGCACUCUCAUUGCGUACAUGGGCAUUGGGGAUUUACUGCUGCAGAAUGCGGUGGAGCAGCGACGGUAUGCGGACGGGGAGUUAAGUUGGCGGCCACUCACAUUAGUGGCUGUGCCCAUGCGAUUUAUUACCGCCAUGCACCGUCGACUGCCGGACUGCGAACCCAUCGCCCUCGUGGAGGCGUAA